UCCCCAGAUACUCAGAUAGCCAUUUAUUAUAAAAAAAAUAGUCAAUGGAUAAAUAAUCAGCUGUUUCUAGUUUUCGCUUAUAAAAUGUCUAAUAUCGCCAAAUAUUUGGCCUUAGAUAAAGUAGCCAACUUCUUUAACAUAAUUAAACAGAAUGGUGGGAUUCGAGGCUCCUUGUUUAAACUUUACAGGCAAGAUGAAUUGAAAGAUGGACAACUUGUAGGCGAGGAUAACUAUGGAAACAAAUAUUUUGAGAACCCGCGUUACUUCUAUGGAAGAAAUCGCUGGGUGGAGUAUUCUGAUAAAUUUUACAUGAACUAUGAUGGAAGUCAGGUGCCCGCAGAAUGGUUUGGAUGGCUUCAUUACAAAACUGAUUUACCCCCACAUUUGGACCCUAACAGGCCCAAGUACAAAUGGAUGCUAGAUUGGAAUGAAAACCUGUCCGGAACUACGGGUCAGUACACUCCAUACAGCACAACACGGCCGAAAAUUGAGGCAUGGCAACCCAAGCCAAAAAGCAGCGUUUAAAAAUUAACUAACAAUAAACAAAAUGGCGGUUUAUUUCAAAAUGUUACACACACAUUUAUAUAAAUAGGACAGAACAUUAGAAAAGAUUAAGAAUGUACAUGUGAAUAGACGUUUUUCUAGAAUUUUAUGUUUAAGUAGAAAUUGAUCAAUAAAAUGUUUUAGUUAUCUAA